GGGGUGGUUUAAAUAUUUAAUUGUAGAUGUUAAGUCAGCACUAACAUUCUAUUUUUCUCUGUGUACAUAACCCGAAAUGUGAAAAAAACAACAAAACCUUUUUCUGGGUGUAUCAAGUGCAAACCCCACUAUAUAUAAUCAAAUUAGUCAAAUGCUUUUGGUUUAAAACGAGUGUACGUGAAGCUGUUCAUAUAAACUUUUACGUCAUGUGGCCAGUGGAAAUGAUAUGCGGUGUCUCUUUUUCUUAUGUAUGUACAUACUGAGACGAUAUGCUCCGAAUGUAACAGUGGCUACACUAGGCUAAUCAUUUCUGCCCUGACAGACAAAUCAAUCCUAAAACUGGCAUGUUUUGCGAAAGAAAGCUUUCAAAUGAGUUUUUAUCAGCGAUGUACUCUUGAUAAAGUUAUAAUUAAGUGUUAUCAUUAUAUUAAAUAUGUUUGAGUGAACAUCUUAGUCAACACAUUUUGUCGAUGUGUUUUUGUUACUUAAGUUAUGCAAAAUUAUAAAGAUUUUCCUGCGACAAAAUACAGUUGUGAUAGAAAGAAAUUAAGUCAUACAGGGAGGAGUGAGGUGCACCAGCUCUAAUGCAAAAGAAAUAGGUUCACUCAAUAAAUAACCAGCAGUUAACACAACCGUCGAAGGUAUGGAUAAAAAUGACCAAUCGGAAUCAAUUAUUCUUUACGAACCAGAAUCCAAUGUCAGAAUUGUUAGUCAACAUCAGCAAAAAACCGUAAGUAAUGACCAAUCGUAGACGUUAUAAACAUACCUAUGUACAGCUAUGUUGAUAAGUGACUAAAUGCAGCUGUAUGAAACUAAAUACCGGUUCUGGAUCAGGAACUGCAACAAUGAAUCGAGUCAGUUUAAUAUUAGACUCGCUUUCUCAGUACGGUUUCCAAUAUCUCCAAUACCUCUGAUCUAUCGAUACAUUUCUCUGCACGUAAAAGAGUACGGAAUAGGUAUGUGAUUAAAUAGGACAAAACGAUACUGCUUGUGAGACUGCACUGGUGGGUACAAAGUGUUUAUUACCUAUUAGAUUAUUAUUAGAUCAAGGAUUAUACUAUCGGACUAUGUGUCUAUCUCUACUAUAAAGAUCGUUUUUAGUGCCCGAAUACUCCUGCUUAGAAGAUUAUAAUUUUAAAAAAAAUUGACAAAAAACGAAGUUUGAUAUUUAAAUCACAAAAAAAAAAUAACAGUGUCCUGUCAUAUUUAUGGAUAAAUACCAACAAAAAUGUUACGAACUUGAAAAAACUAAUGUUCAUUUUCAAAUGCAUCUUCCUUGUUGAAAGGCUUUCCAAAUUAUUUGUAACCGCCGAUAAGCGUAAAGCACUUGAGAGAGUUCUUACAUAAAAAAAAUAUCAACUGACCCGUGCUAAACAUUAGCUAGUAUUAUGUACUCACAUCAAAAUCUUGUAGUACAAUAUGUAGACGAAACAACAGCGUGAAGGUAUUUUUUCUUCUCGACUGCUUAUAUAGAGUAGCUUGGAUUCAUAUCUCGAACGCAACUUAGGCUGAUACGAGAAGCUGAUGAUUGAUUCCAGCGCUUUUAGUAACUGCCAGUAGUCAAAUCAGAUCGGUUGAGCGCUUACAAGAGUAUGUCUCGCUUUCUAUUAAAGCUUACAUCUAGCUUACAUUGCCGCGUAGUUUAAGAUUAAGUUGGAUUUGAAAUACGUUAUGGAUGAAGACGCUUCUAAAAAUGAGGAUAGAUGGACGUUCUGGCUCCUAACAGCAGGCAUUUCUACAACCUUUGGCGCUGCAAUACCUACUGGUUACAACAUAGGUGUAAUUAAUGCUCCUGCAAAUUUUAUCAAGGUAUGGUGCAAUGAUACGAUUUUUGAAACUUACGGUACUGUACUGAAUAGCAGUAAUUUAGACAGUUUCUGGGCAAUAGUCGUAUCCAUAUUUUUAAUAGGCGGUGUUAUAGGUUCCUUAGGAGGUGCUUGGGUUGCAGAUAAACUGGGAAGGAAAAGAUCAUACCUGUGCUGCGGAGUGUUGCUUAUUCUAGGUGGAAUAUGUUUUCAAUUUUGCAGAGCUGUUAGCUCCGUAGAGCUCUUGUUACUCGGCCGAAUUUUGGUUGGUCUUGCAGCAGGAUUGACGACCAGUACGGUGCCUAUGUAUUUGACAGAACUCGCACCAAUCGGGUUACGCGGGGCUAUAGGAGUAUUUGUGAGUAUUGGUGUAACCGGCGGAGUUGUAGUAGGCCAGAUUAUGAGCCUAGAAGAAAUUUUUGGUACAGAUGAACUAUGGCAAUUUGCACUCAGCUUCUAUGUGAUUUUGGUGAUCACCUUUUUCGUGCCUUACCACUGGCUGCCAGAAAGCCCUAAAUACCUGUAUGUGAUAAAAAAGAGGCAGGAUGAGGCAAUUUAUGAAAUUAAGAGGCUAGGAGGUAAACACAUCAGAGACGAUUAUAUUAGACAGCAAAUCGAAGCUAUGCGCAGCGAAGAUUCGGCAAUGAGUAUGUGUGACGAUGAAGAAAAAGAUUUGCACAAACUCAAGCAACGAUCGCUUUGGUCAGUAGUAACUGAUCCCUCAUUAAUGUUGCCUUUGGUAUUAGUAUGUGCCUUACAAGGAGGACAGCAAUUCUCCGGAAUUAACGCGGUGUUCUUUUACUCCGUAUCCAUCUUCAAAUCAGUUGGUCUCAGUUCUACAGAUGCCAAAUUUGCAAAUCUCGGCGCUGGAUGUUUAAAUCUUUUAAUAGCUUUCUUCACACCCAUGCUAAUGCAAAAGUUCAAUAGAAGGUUCUUGGCGCUCCUCUCGUGCUCCAUGUGUGCUGUAUUUUUGUUUGCUUUGACGUUUGUAGUUCAUUUUAAGGAACAUGUAAGCUGGUUCUCGUACGCUAGCAUUAUUGCAGUCCUUCUUUAUAUACUCUUCUACCAAAUUGGCUUAGGACCGAUCCCAUAUUUUAUAGGCUCAGAGUUGUUUGAAGUUGGACCUAGGCCCGCUGCAAUGGCCAUGGGUAGCUUAGCAUCGUGGGGUAGUAACUUUAUUGUAGCCAUGCUGUUUCUGCCUUUGCAAAAUGCCUGGGGAGCUUUUGUCUUCCUGCCAUUCACGGUUACUUGUGUUCUUUUGACAAUAUUACUGAAAAUCUACCUACCAGAAACACGGGGACGACACGUAUCAUCUGUAGUACCAUUAGUUGCAAAUGGCUUCCGAUCGAAACCAUUGGUGCCUUAAAUCUGGAAAUAAGGUUUACACAUACGCUUAAGACAUUUGCUACACAGAUGAUUGCUCAAUUCGAUUGAACGCACUUUAGCCCUGUUAGUUCAAUUUUUAUAGAAUAAUGAAUAAAUUUACAAAAUAAACGAAUACAUAUUACUGCGAAGCUUAA